AUGGACAAUCUGGAUAGCUAAAUUGUUAAUAUUUUCAAAAAUGAAAUCUAAAUAAAACGAAUUCGGAAGGAAUUAAAAUAGUUAGAAAUUCUGGAUAGUAAGGAAUUCAAAAUUACUUUGAAGCAAUUAUCUAAUAAUUUACAAAUUAUUGUUGAAAUGCAACCAGUCGUUCAAUUAAACUAAGGAAAACCUAUUAAAUUUUGUUUAUAUCUUGAUAAUAGAUUCCCUUUUGUAUUUCCAAAAGUUCAUUUAACUAAACCAACUUUAGCUGAUGGAAGAGAUUAUAUCGAAGAUGUAUUACACUAAUAAUGGAGCCCAUCUAUUUUAUUAAAUGAAAUCAUUCAAAAGUUUCCCAAAUUUCUCGAUUAAGUUAGACAUCACAAAGAUAAUAGAGAUCAAUUACUGUCUUUAGGAAAAUACAAUCAAGAUUAGGAAUAUGAAGGAUAAUUAGGUUUGGAGGAUGUUGAAUUCUUUUAAUGCAAAGAAAUAAUAAAUGGAAGAUCUUAUUAAAAAAUAAUAUAAUUAAGCAAUAGUCAUAUUUUGAUAUUGGAAUCCUAAAAUAAAGUGUUGAAUCUAUAAAGCUUUUAGCUUACAAAAGAUUUAGUAAAAGUUGAAAAAGUAGAUAAUAGUGCCCUAUUAACAUGGAAAUCUGAUGACAAUUUUAGAUCAUAAACAUUAAUCCCUUAAAAUAUAGAUCAAUUUAUGGAUUCUAUACUUCUCUAUAAAACUGGAUCUUCAGGGAAAAAAAUUUAAGAAGAAGAAGUAACAUUAUAAAAGUUUGAGAACUUUGAAAUUUAAAAACUUCUUGACUAAGUCAGUUAUUACGAAAACUAACUUGAACAAGAAUUAACCCCAUAGAUUGUGAACUCUCUUAUGAACUCUUAUUAAUAAGCUAUCGAAUAUUUUUCUGCUGUUUCUGAUGAAGAUUUUAAGGAAUAUGUUAUGCGUCUUUAAAAUUUAAUAGGAAGAGAGGAUGUUUAAAAAAUACUUUCCAAUAAAUUGUGA